GGGCGUGAGUGUGAUCCGGUGCUGAGUACAGAAGAGUCCUGCCCGCAUAUGGCUCAGUCGCUUCAGGAUGAGUAGGACCACUCAUGAGCGCACAAGAUGAAGCUGAGUCAGAGUCUCGUCCUGCCAUUCCUGGCCCUUUUUCCAUUCGCCCUCAGCUCAGAGGACACUCCGACUUUUGGAUCGAGAAAUAUUCCCAGGCUUCUGAGUAAAGAUGUCAUCCGAGGAACGUUGAGCUUCCCUUUUUAUCAAAACCACACUCUUUUAUUUUAUCACGAAGACUCUGGGGAGAUGUACGUAGGAGGGACAAACUUUGUGUUCAAGCUUUCCCUGGAUCGCUUUCGCAUGCUUGAGGAAAUCCAUCUGGAGGCCACAAGGCAAGAUCAUUGCCAGGAGGGUCCUUGUGAAAACGUCAUCACGGUCAUCGAGAAGUUCGGAGACAGUCUGUUCGUCUGCGGGACCAACGGACACAGGCCUCACUGCUGGAAGCUUGCCAACUCCUCGGCUGAGGUGAUAGCGGAUCAUGACGGGACGGGCAUCUCUCCCUUUACGUGCGCGCAGAACUCACUAUCGCUCAGAGUUGAGGGGGAUCUUUACGCCGUGGCACCGCUGAAUAUUGACGGAAGCUGCUUGCAGUUCAGAAGGAAAGCCGGAAGCAGGACCAACGUCUGGAUGUAUGACAGUUGGAUUACAGAGCCCACGUUUGUGUCUACCUCCUGGGUAAAGAGAAAAGACGAUCCCGAGAACGAAAAGAUUUUCAUCUUCUUCCGGGAAAAGAACUCCGAUCAAAACCCAGAGGCCGAUCCGUGGAUUUCCAGAGUGGCCCGAGUUUGUAAGACUGAUGAAGGCGGAUCGAAGCGUUUCUUCCAGAACACGUGGACGUCUUUCCUCAAGGCUCGACUGGUCUGCGGCUACCCGGAGGAGUCCCUUUACUUCAACCGCCUGCAGGACGUCUACGUACAGCAUGAAGAAGACUGGCGGGACACCAGGGUCUAUGCCCUCUUCACCAGCAGCUGGAACGCCACUGCAGUUUGUAUUUAUUCCAUGCAGACUAUUGAAGGCGUUUUCGACAACUCCACCUUCAAGGACUAUGACAAACCUGUUCCAGAACCAAGGCCAGGAACUUGCGUGCGCAACAGCCGCGCGUUGCCGCUGGCAACCAUCAGCGUGGUGAGGGAUCAUCCCGAAAUGAGCGACUGGGUCCACCCUGUGCACUACUCUGCUCCGUUCUACGUCAGCAACAACAACUACACCAAGUUAGCCGUGGACCGCGUCCAGGCCGCGGACCAGCGUGUGUACCGGGUUCUCCUGCUGGCCACUGACUCUGGGAAGAUCCAUAAAAUUCUAGAGUCAGGAUCCGAACCGUUCAUCAUCUCCCAAACACAAAUCCCGAGUCUGUCCAGCAUACAGUCGAUGAAACUGGACUCCAAAGAGAAAAAACUAGUGGUGAGUUCUGCAGAGAAAAUCUUUGCGGUAGACCUCCGGAGUUGCGACGAGUAUAACGAAUCCUGCGCGAACUGCGUUCUGGCUCGGGACCCCUACUGUUCCUGGACUACGUCUGGAUGCACCCCAACUGUCCCUGAGGGCAUUCAAAAUAUUAUGGAUGGGAAAACAAGUGUGUGUCCUGCAUCAACAUCAGAACAUAAUCAAGUAAACCGUACCAGAAGGGACGCCGCAUCGGCCGCGGACGUGGAUUUGCUAACUCUACCCCCCGUGCCCGUGGGUGUCCCUUUUUACCUGACGUGCCCGAUUGACUCUUACCACGCCGUCUACACGUGGAAACACGGCGACCAGAGCAGCCCUUGCCUCCAGAUGCACUCCAACUGCCUUCUCCUCAUCCCCGCCAUGACGCCCGAGAGCUACGGCAGCUACGAGUGCGUCUCGGAAGAGAGGGACUACAGCAACGUGGUGAAGAGAUACCGCCUCACCGACCGGUUCGACCAACGUGCCAAGGCCGACCGAGGUAAAGCAUCGGCUGUAGCGGCCCAGACAUUGUGGAUCACGCUCGGACUUGGCGUUUCGCUCUUUUCAAAGUGAAUGCAAACGCUUGCAAGGUUCUCUCAUUAAUGACACCGCCUGGUAUAUUAAAUCCUCUUUCACCCAGCUAGAAAGCUAAGAAAAUACACAAUGUGUGUUACAUGCACUCAUCGCAAAAAAAAAAAAAAGCAUUUUUACUAACUGGACAGGCAACGCAGGCAACACUUAAAAUUCUUAGAUCAUAAUCUACCGGUGUUCAAAUCAAAACAAUGCACCAGACUCUGCUGACAGAUCCUACAGCAGUCCAGUUUGGAGCACUCCUCCAUACUUCCUUAACACCAAUUACCACUUUUCCAUUGACGGCAUUUUCUGGUAUCUUAAACAGCCCUCAAAACACUUGUGUUAAUUGAGGAUUGGUUCCAAAAGAGAAAGAGGCCAAAAGGUGAAUUCCUAAAUAGUGAAAUGUGAUUAGGCGGUGGCAAAUCUUUCAAACGGAUUAAUUUGCUCUGCUGAGCAGCCAGGCCAGUGUUGUACCGCUUCCCCGGAUCAAUCUCAGGUCAAUGGUCCAGAGAUGUGUACGAGUAUACCACGGCUCGUAUUUCCUGAAAGCUUUGUUGCGUCGCUUAUUUCAACUAAACAAUUCUAAUCCCUUAAAGUGAAAAGAAAUAUCUGUGUCUCAGUUCUGAAGGGCUGAGGGUGCAUCAGCUGAACGCGGGAAGUCACAACCUGCACAAGUGGCAAAUGUCAAAUACCACUACUAUGGCCUAAAAAAAUGGAUCCUACUCCGUCAGGCAACUUUAUCCCUACACAUAGUUCCGUGUUUGAGCUGUGGAAAAUAUAUCUGCUCCAGUAUAUAUAACACCAGGUCAUCAUAUUGCCUUUUCCACGGCACUACAAUGUGGCGCUCUAAAGCGGCCACGCCAGAUUGAAGCCCUGGUCUGCACGCUGGCUCUCACUUCAGACCUUUUAAAAAACAUUUGGUCUCUGCGCUCAUCCGCCAUUCUCUGCACGACGUACGCACACUCACGGCCAACAACGAGGCACUUUAAAGCAGACAAUCCGAAGGAAAGCAGCAUUUUGAAGGUGGAGGCAUAGCGAGCUAGCUAACAAUUGCACCAGGUAACCGCGGAUGCGGAUAAAGACACUCAAGUUCUCAUAUAGUAAGGAAGGGAACGACUCAUACCGGACUUCAAAGUGUGUCACUGGGUGCUGUUUUAGACAUGGCCCCCCGCGCAAAAAAAUUAGGAAAACUGAAAUGGUAAAGAACUAUUUAACACUACAUUUCCGCUCCACUAAACGUACUCCAUACUACAUACUAUAUAUUUGUAUGUAUUUUUUUAAACAAAUUUCUGAUCUCACUUUACAGAGUCUUUAAAUUAGUUUUCGUCUUCUAGCCUCACUUAAAUGUUUCCCAUAGAUGUCAAAUGUAAAUGGGUUUGCCGCUAUGGUGCUUAAAACCCUUUCCGGCAGGGGUUGCAAAUUUGCACCAGGUUUAAUACAGGAUAAUCGAAAAUUUCAAGUCCAGAUUUUUCUCUCUGCAAAAUUUUAUCUGGUCCAGAGAGGGUUAAGACAAAGUGGAUGAUUUAAACGACAGGUGUCAAACUCAAUGCCCGGGGGACAGAUUUGACGCGCCGUGUGAUUUUAUGUGGCCCGCGGAGGCAAAUCACGUGUAUCAACUUCCAUGAUUUUUUUUUUUUGUUCAAAUCUGUACCAAAAUUUCAAAUUGUCAUAUCAUAAAUGAUAAUGUCGAGAAAUUACAAACAUUUUUGUGUUACCAAACAACAGUAGUUGGAAAAACUCCUCACCCUUGAGUUCUGAUUCCAAAACUAGUUCAUGAAUUUCAUGUGUCAAUACGAUGAGGCGGUUAAAGAUUUUUAUGGUUUCACAGCCAUAACGGCCCUUUGAGGGAAACCACAAGUAAAAUCUGGCCCGUGACAAAAAUGAGUUUGACGCCCUUGUUUUAAACAUUUUGUUAAACAAUAAAAAAAAAAGCUAGAGGGGCAAAACCAAUGAAUGUACAGAAUGUGAUGAA